GCCACCAGUUGCGGGCUUCGCGGCCGCGAAAACGGUUGAGAGGAUACUUUAGCGAGGAUCAAAUUGGAAGAGACGACUUACAUAGUUGAAAAAAGAAACAUCUUGAGAGUAAAUUAAAGUUUCGAUCACACUUCGGUAUUCGAUAAUGCGUCAAUUUGACGUUGACUGUUCAAGAUGCUAUUCGUGAUUGAUCUAUGCUGCACAAAAGUUUGAUUCCGCGAAGAUUUCUCGCUGAUGUGAGCCGCGAUAAUAAUCACCGGCUUUCUUUCUCAUAAGCGAGACGGAGGAACAAACGUAAGGACGAGCAAACAUAUUAAUAUGACACCUUUAAAUGGGACUAUGUACUUGGUGGCGACGGUCGUGGAAGUUCACGCGUUUAAAAUUUAAUUGGAUCCGGGCACGGGCAAAUAUUUACACGCACGUAUUGGAUUCGCCUGCGAUCUGCUCUGGGAAACCAAUGUACGCUGGGACGGAACGAUCGUCGGUUAGCGCGAGAUCGCGUCGCGCUGUUGAACAGUAAAUCCUGAAGAUCCGAAUUUGCGGUAAGGAAAGAAAACGCGCGCCCGAUGCGGAUGAGUAUGUUGCGAAGAAGGUGAAGUGCAUGAGAGGUGACGUCGCGCCGAUGAUACUCGACUCGGAGGAGGAAGCCAAUUUGGAUCGAGGCCAAGCCUGAGGGAAUCUCGCCGCGGACAUGGAGGAGGAAGAGAGCCUCGGCGAUGGUGCAGGCGAUGAUGCUGGCGUUAAAGAACUUCAGGAACUUCGCGACAAAUAUGAAGGGAAGUUGACUGCAUCUCUCUAUACGGGAACGUUCUGCGUCGCCGCCGUUGCCUCGUUAAUUGCUCUGGGUGCUCUAUGCUCAUCGUUCACCUCAUCGGUCACCGACCAUCUUGGCAUAUCUUUGAUACCCGAUCUUAUACAUGCGUCGACACUGACGACCAUGCUUAUCGCCUCUUUAAUAUUGCUGCUGGUGACACAGUUGCCCUCGGUUAUGAGCUCCAGGCGGUCCAGGAUUCUGAUAGGUGCAGCAUCCUCCGUCGUAUUCGGUCUAGGAAUUCUAAUAUUAAAAAGCGUCCUGCCUCUAUUCGUGUGCGUCCUAUCGAUAAUCGCCAUUCUGCCGAAGAUGAGGUUUGAAGCGCCGUUCGUCAUCGCUUGCACUCUGGUGCUCGUGCACAUUUCCAGGAGAUACGUCUUCGACAAUCUUCUGGACUACUACGAUGUUAUUCAGAUCGUCGUAGAGAUCGUAUUCCUGUUGGCUGCGGUCCUCGCCGGCUUGUAUUACAGACUCCUGACGGCGUCAGCUCUCCGUAAAACUUUCUCCGGGACGAAGACUGUUAUCGAGUCUCGAAUCAAGCUGGAGUGCGAGAGAGAGCAACAGGAACAAUUAUUGCUGAGCGUUAUCCCCGCCUACAUUGCCGCGGAGGUAAAGAGGAGCAUAAUGCUGAAGAUGGCGGAUGCUUGUCAAGAAGCUAAUAAACACAAGCAAACCACGUUUCAGGAGAUGUAUGUGCAGCGGCAUAAUAAUGUCAGUAUUCUCUACGCGGAUAUCGUCAACUUUACGCCACUAUCGGAGCAGCUGUCAGCUUCCGAUCUUGUGAAGACCCUCAACGAGCUCUUUGGCAGGUUCGAUCAAAUAGCACAGGACAAUCAGUGCAUGAGAAUUAAAAUCCUGGGUGAUUGUUACUACUGCGUCUCCGGGCUUCCAGUCUCUCGUCCGAAUCACGCCUACAACUGUGUGAACAUGGGGCUGCAAAUGAUCGACGCCAUCAGGUUCGUCCGCGAGGCCACCGGCUUCAACGUCGACAUGAGGAUAGGAAUUCACACGGGUAACGUGCUGUGCGGUGUCCUCGGUCUGCGGAAAUGGCAAUUCGACGUGUGGAGCGACGACGUGACUCUGGCCAAUCACAUGGAGAGCGGCGGUCUACCAGGGAGAGUUCACAUAACGAAAGCUACUUUGCUGCAACUGGGCGAUCGGUUUGAAGUCGAGCCAGGCGAUGGAGGAUCUCGAGAAAGUUAUCUCGCUCAGCACAAAGUGGAGACCUUCCUUAUAAUGCCACCCAAGAAAAGCAGGGAGGAAAGUGAAAUGGAGAACGGCGGAAACCGUAUACACGGACCUGGACCGGUACCCUCCAGAUCGAGGCCCAGCAGCAAGAUGACCAAGUACGUGGAGUGUUGGGGCGCGGACAAGCCUUUCGCCAAUAUCGCGGAGGCAACGCUGGCGAAGAAUAUCGGCCUAACGAGCAUCGCGAUGAUCGAGUCGAAUCUAUUGUCGAACAACGCCAGCUGCUUCGACACGCAGCAUUGGUGCGGCGGCAAUGAGGGGAUAUCGCCUUUCACUUAUUGGUUCAAGGACAAGAAUCAGGAGCAACAGUAUCGAGAGCAGAGGGAUGAGCAGUACUCUUGGUACGUCAUCGCCUCCAACGUGGUCUACACACUGAUGUUCUGCAUUCAGCUUAUUUAUCUGCCGAGAAGCAUCGUGGUUUACGGUUGCUUCGCAGCUGGUCUGGCAUCGCUGAUCAUAUUCGCCGUGAUCUCAUGGUUCAAUGGAAAAGUCGAUAGCAGCGGUUCUGAAGAGUCAACAAAUCAGAUUGCACUUAGCCGCGGUAUCAGGAUAACGGUGUAUUUAAUAACCGCUCUGCUGGCCGUUGCAUCAUCGGUCAUUAGUCUGAUCGAUGUUGAUCAGACUGUCGGAUACAUCGUACCACUGUACGUGUAUUCGACGGUGAUGGCAUUAGUGGUCGGCUGGACGCAUUUGAGGGUCGAUUUCUUGCUAAAGCUGAGCGUAAUGUUCCUAUCCGUAGUCGUAAUACUCGCGGUCUUCUCACAAGCACCGGUCAUUCAGCUUUAUUACGAGAAUCCUGGCUCCAAGUUUUAUGGGAUCCAUUAUCUGAUGCAAGUGGGAUAUCUGCUGACGCUCGUCAGCGUAAUACUCCACAUUUUGGACAGACAAGUGGAAUACACGUCCAGAACAGACAUCCUGUGGAAGAGCAAACUGAGAGUCGAACAAGACGAGGUGGAGACUAUGCGAGGCAUCAAUAAAAUUCUUCUGGAGAACAUACUUCCAGCUCAUGUGGCGGAUCACUUUUUAGCAACGAGAGACACGCAAGAACUCUAUCACGAACGGUACAGCAGCAUCGCAGUAAUGUUCGCAUCAAUUCCGAAUUACAAGGAGUUCUACGAUGAAACCGACAUAAACAAGCAAGGUCUCGAGUGCUUGCGUUUGCUCAACGAGAUCAUUUGCGACUUCGACAAACUCUUACUUAAACCGAAGUUCUCUGGGAUCGAGAAGAUUAAGACGAUAGGCAGUACUUAUAUGCUGGCGUCUGGCUUGAGUCCUGGAAAGGAGGAUGGCGACGGCAAGGAUCCAUUGAAGCAGCAGGACCACAACGUAAUUGUACUUGUCGAAUUCGCUAUCGCGCUUAUGACGAUUCUAGAUCAGAUCAACAGAGACUCUUUCCAGAGAUUCAAAUUAAGAAUGGGUCUAAAUCACGGUCCCGUAAUAGCUGGCGUCGUAGGUGCGCAAAAACCGCAGUACGACAUUUGGGGAAAUACAGUAAACGUAGCUUCAAGGAUGGACAGUUGCGGUGAAAUGGGCAAACUUCAAGUCACCGAAGAUACAGCCAAGAUCCUCAUCGACGCCGGAUACGAGCUUGUAUGUCGUGGACCGACAUAUGUUAAAGGCAAGGGAACACUCACCACGUAUUUCGUGAAAACACCCUUCGAUGAUAAGGAGGACAACUAUUAACAAUCAUCUGCAAACCGUUAAUAGACGGUAAAUGUUAAAACUGUACCGUGAGAUCGCGAGAAGUAUCUUUUUCCCAAGGAGUGAGAAUAGCAUCGCUUAAUACAUCUGAACGUGUAAAAAAGAUAUAAUCGCCAAAACGAGAGGCGAUUCCACAAAUGUUAACGACUUAUCUAUUAAUAUAAGAUGUUAAUGGAUGUAAAGUUUACUCGUUUAACUUGUGAAAUAAUAUUUAAUUUCCCUGAGAGAAAAAGUAAGUCCUCGUGAGAGAUGUCGCAUGGCAGAAGAGCGACAUUUUUAGAAAAGUUUACUAUAAUAUUCGUGACACACAAAUUGCGCGUUCCGAAACGCUGACUUCGUCUUUGCCGUUUAUACGUGCGGAUACUCGGGAUUAUUACUUCCUCUCGAUGUGUGUUUUCUUUCUGCACUCAAUUCAACGUUGCCGGGGAAGGGAAACGGGAAAGUGCGCAGUAGCGGUAAUUGUGUUCGCAACAUAAUUUCACGCAUUUUAGAGAUGAGAGACAAACGCUGUUCUCAUGCGCGUAUAUCGAAAGAAAAGAUAUAUACUCGUACUCUUUGUGCUGCUGCGGACAAAUCAUUUCAAACGUCGAUUACUUCCAAUUUGCGACUUGUAACAAGCGAUCGUGAGCAUCGUUACACCGUACCUGCAAUUAGAUUAACAGUAGCUGUAUAUACGCAUACAUACCUGUACAUGUAUGAAUAAUUCGUUUUGAGAGCCGCGACUCUUGGGCGGCUCUUGGGGAAACAAUUCGAUCUCCAGCGAGAAACAACGAGUUCUCCUCUAUCAAACUUUCCCCAGACACAUACGAUCGAUGUACAACAUUGCUUUAUACGACCGAGAUUGAUUGCCUUCAUUUACGGUAUUGGUAAAAGCAUUGUGAACGUGACUGCAUGAAUAAAGCGACGGUGAAGUUCAA